AUGCCGACCGACUACGCAAACCUCCCCACCCCCGAAGCCUGCUACGCCGACUUUUGCCUCAUCCCCGUCGGCACCGGCUCCGUCUCGGUUGCCAAAGAGGUCGCCGAAGUGCAGAAGCUCCUCAAGGCCAGCGGCCUGCACUACCAGAUGCACUCGGCCGGCACCACCGUCGAGGGCAGCUGGGACGACGUCUUUCGCGUUGUCGGCCAGGCCCAUGCCCUCGUCCACGCCGGCGGCGUUUUGCGCGUGCAGUCGAGCAUGCGCGUCGGCACGAGGACCGACAAGAAGCAGCCGUUUGAGGACAAGGUGAAGAGAGUGGAGGCCCUGUUGAAGGAGGGGGACUCGGCUGGCACGGGAGCAUGA